ACGUUCCAGUCAUCACCGUCAUCGAACGCUUCCACUUCCAUUGCUCGCGAGAUUCUGGGCAUCGGGUCGCGAAGAUGGCGCUGCUGCGGGCAUGUCUCUGCUUACUUGUGGUUUGCCUCGCGGUGGUGCAAGGAGUCUCUGCCACCUGGCCUCUUGUCCAAUCUGGUGACAAUGGACCCAAUGUUAUGGCGGUGCAGGACCUGUUGCAGGCUCACGGUCACUUCCUGACCUCCGAUGGCAUUUUCGGCCCCAUCACCGAAGCUGCGGUGAAGGCGUUCCAGCUAGCGAAUUCGCUCACUGCCGACGGGAUCGUGGGUCCGUUGACUUGGCCGGUGCUCAUCGUCACCGUGCAAUCAGGUUCCUCGGGUGCGGCGGUCCAUGCUGUCCAGUACCUGUUGGCAUACAAACACAACCUGCUGGCUGUUGCGGGCAUUGACAGUCUGUUUGGACCGAUAACAGAAGGGGCCGUCAAGUCCUUUCAGGCUAGCAAAGGUCUCACCCAGGAUGGAAUCGUGGGCCCCUUGACUUGGGAAGCUUUAGUAUCUGGUGAUGCCCCUCCGCCGAGCUCCUUGGGUAGCCAGUGCCAGGUCGUCUUGCCAACUCCCACUGCUGACAUCGGCCCUUGCUCGGAAGAAGCGGCUGCAGCGUUGGCCCCAGAGGCUGGAAGCACAGCAGGUGUUUGUACACCACGGGUGACCCUAACGGAAUGCCAGCUAAGGACUAUUAUGGGGGGGGCGUGCCCUAACUGCAAGUAUUACUACCCCCACCUCGUCAAGGCCAUGGAGCGUUUCGACCUCAACUGCCCGGACCGGAUCGCAGCCUUUUUGGCACAGGUUCGACAUGAAACAGGGGGUCUUGGUACCCUCUUUCAGCCAUCCGAUUGCGGAGCAGGGGGCAUCCACAUGAUCCCCUCCAACUUCCCAAGCUUCUUGUCCGGCGAGGGAGCGCUUGCGGACCUUGUGGCUCAGUUCCAGCAGUAUGGACUGUCGGCGAUCCCGGAAGCCUCCCUGGCAUUGGGCACACCAUGCACUGGCCAAAAGCUCUGUGCUUCCAAACUUGUGCAGCUGCCAGAGAAUGCUUUCGUCACAGCCGCUUGGUGGUUCGCUACAGGAGCCCGAAAGAACAUGGCGCACCUUGGUUGUCAGGACCUUCGUCUGGAUGCGGACGCUGGUCUGGGCACAGCCAGCCCCCCCACAGGGUUUUAUCAGAUUUCUCAGUGCAUCUAUGGGGAUAUUACGCUUCCAGGUUGCGGCAUGGCACAGCGCGUGCAGUACUACAACGACGCCCUAGCGGUGACCAAUCUUAUGAAGCAGUGAAGGAGAGACUGUAUCAGUCUGUAUGGAACAUGGUAGGGCAAUGGUCCUGACUCCUAUUAAGUGCUGGUCACACUGUGAUAGGAUAG